GAUUGUUUUGGUUUUGUUUCUCUCGUAACCGUUCCCUUUUCCAUUUUCAUUUCUGUAUUUGCUGAAACUCUCUCAAAUUCUCUGAAGCAAGGACGCUCCAGCUUGAAGAAUCAGUACAUCGAGUCAACCUUCACAUCAGUUUCAGGUAAAAAUGGUUUCAUUGAGAGAAUUCGCAGAGCAACGAGGUAACCAGGGCAGAGAGGAAGAAGAGGGGGGGGUUUUGUCAGUGGAGCCUAUCACGAUGAUAGUGCCGCCGGAGUUGCAGGAUAUGCCGGAAACAAUGGCGUCAGAGAGCAGCACCAGUUCCAGCGCCAGUGACAACGGUGGCGACCACCCUAGUACAUCAUCGAGCAGCUCGUCCGAGGGGACACCAGGCCGCGAGGAGGAGGCAGGGGAUGUAGUGAGCCAUGUCUCAGAUCGGCCUGUGAUGGGAGAAUGGGAGAGCAGAACCGUACCGGGCAGGUUGAGCAACAUGCGAAAAGCACCGAAGGACCUGCCCGCUGGAUUCAGGUUCAAGGCUGCACUUCAUCACGAAGUAGCAGAUUGUACGCCCUCUGUAAAACGAAAGGGCGUGCACAGUGUCGCCGACGGGCUGGAUACCAGUGUACGUGGACCACUUCGACGCCGGCCUGCGGUUUCCCCUGCCCGGCCUGGUAUUCAAUUUGCUCGCGGAGUACGAGUUGGCGCUGACGCAGCUAACGCCCAACAGCAUAAGGUUCAUCAUGGGCUUUAUGCUGUUGUGUGCAAGAUUGGAGGUGCCAGCUAAAGC